CGGCAGCGUUUGCCGCCUUCUCCCUGCUGCACCGGAGGGCUCGUGCUUUUCGGGGCUGCGCAGAGAGCUGUCAGUCAGGGAAGAGCCCCAGCCCAGGGUGAUGUCAGUGGAUCAGCUGCUCUAUAACAAAGCGGGGAGAGCCGAGUGUAGGGAGAGAGAGCGGCGACAGAGGCGCUCGCUAGGCUGCGCGGCGGCGCCGGCAGCAGCGGCUCUUUGCCUGCCUGCUCAGCGAGCUGUAGGGGGAGACAACGGCAGGACUAGGCGAGCGCCAAGACACGGGCACGCUCCCGGGCAGGGCUAGCUAAGCAAGUUGACUCCGGGCCGGCGGACUCUGCCAUGGACAGCGACGAGGAAACGCUGGAAGAGACCGUGGAGGGAGCACUUGAUGAUGAUGGGCUGCCCCAUGGAUUUUGUACAGUCACAUAUUCAUCCACAGACAGAUUUGAGGGAAAUUUUGUGCAUGGAGAGAAGAAUGGUCGUGGCAAGUUUUUCUUUUUUGAUGGAAGUACACUUGAAGGAUAUUAUGUUGAUGAUGCUCUGCAAGGUCAAGGAGUGUACACUUAUGAAGAUGGAGGAGCUCUUCAUGGCUCUUACAUGGAUGGAGAACUGAAUGGGCCAGCCCAAGAAUAUGAUGCCGAUGGACGACUGAUAUUUAAAGGACAAUACAAGGAUAAUAUUCGACAUGGUAUUUGUUGGAUAUACUACCCAGAUCGCGGGUAUCUGGUUGGAGAAGUCAAUGAAGAAGGAGAGAUGACUGGAGAGAAGAUAGCUUACGUGUACCCUGAUGGGAAGACAGCCUAUUAUGGGCACUUCAUUGAUGGUGAAAUGUUAGAAGCAAAAUUGGCAAAUCUUUUAUCCAUAGAAGAAGGAAAGCCACAAUUUGAAGUAGUUCCAGGCAGCCCAGUAUACAGUUUUGAUAAAUCUACUUCAUCCUGCAUUUCUGCAAAUGCUCUUCUUCCUGAUCCUUACGAAUCAGAAAGGGUAUAUGUGGAUACAUCUCUCAUUUCCAGUGCUGGAGAAGGGUUGUUUAGUAAAAUAGCAGCUGAAGCUGGCACAGUGAUGUCCUUUUACAAUGGAAUACGGAUUACACACCAGGAGGUGGACAACAGGGACUGGGCUUUGAAUGGAAAUACAAUAUCCCUGGAUGAUGAAACAGUCAUAGAUGUACCAGAACCCUACAACCGUGCAGCCAAAUAUUGUGCCUCAUUAGGACACAAGGCAAAUCACUCCUUUACACCUAACUGUCAUUAUGAAUCGUAUGUUCAUCCUCGUUUUGGGCUGAUUAAAUGUAUUCGCACUAUUAGGGCUGUUGAAAAGGAUGAAGAAUUAACAGUGGCUUAUGGCUAUGAUCACAAUCCCUCUGGACAAAAUGGGCCAGAAGCACCAGAGUGGUACCGUGUCGAACUGAAGGCCUUCCAAGCUGCCCAGGAAAAGUGAAAUGUGUACAGCUUUCUUCCUCAACAAACUGGAUCUAUGCACUACUUUCAUACUGAAAAUGGGACAGCCAGAGAUUUUUGUUCCAUGGCUCUUCACUCUUUGUUAGAGAGGGAUUCCUUGCAUACUAACAAAUUUUAACCUUUAGAGCAAUUUUUAAUAAUUUUAAUGAAAGAACUAUUUAACAUGCUAUACAAGACAGUGUGAAUAUGUGGCAGUUUUCAUCUAAUGCAUCAUAUGCAAAGAUGCCAAAAUUUAAGAAGGGUAUAAAAAGACUGGGAUCCCCCCACACACAGUCUAGUUGUUAUUGUGCAACUACAUUUGUAUAGAUGCCGUUUGUGAUGGUACUAGAAUUGUGCUGUUCUUUAUUUUUCUUUAUUCCUGAAAAUAGUGUAAUUUUAAAACCUUUGAUCAACUAUUACUUUAGAGCAGGUUUUUAUUUUGGUGCAUAGGAGUUUGGCCUUUUAAAUCCUUUCUGUAAACAUUAUUGUUUUCUAAAACUUGUCUCUUCUGAAUCUGCACAAAGGCUUAACCAGAAGUGCUCUAUACUGGUAUGUGUGACUGAAUGGACAAAAUGCAUUUUUGACAUGUUCCUAAAAACAGCAGGGUUGGGUGUCAGUCACACUAGGAUAGUUUCUAGUUGCUGGUAUUGCUGUUGUUGCCAUUUUAAAAAGUUGAAACGGGAGACAGGGUAAUUUAUGAAAAGAUGCUGCUGGUUAGAAUUGAUGUUGGCGAAAGUGAUUUAAAGAUGAACCCAGAAGUCUCUUACUUGCUUAAAACUUUUUCCUUCCUUUCCUGCCUCUGAAUGAUUGUGUUGUUUCCCGGAAUACUGAGAAUGAAAUAUAUACCUCAGGGGAGGGGGAAGUUUAUUUGGUGUACAAGGACAAAGUCAUGACAGGAGAACAUUGCACUUUGGAGCUGCUUUUAGGACAUGGCAUAAUGAAGAAAAUUAAUAAUAUUAAAAGGUUAAAGGCAAAACCCUGAGUCGGUACAGUAAAGCAGAGCAUUCUGUGUAUAUUUAAACAUAUUUUACAAUUCUUAACUAGCAUUUAUCAGAUUUACUUAAAAUAGUAUCAGUAACUUUUCAGUAGUCUGUAAUCCUGGAAUUUAGCUUUUUAAACAGCUUUCUAAAUAUUUGCAAUGCAAUAUUAAAUUAUUUGCUGUGUAAUUCAUAUACCAGGAGUAUUGUGUGUAUGCCAGUAGAAGAUUUUUUUUAUUCUUAGUUUUUCCUGUAGAAAUAGAUUUUAGGGUUUUUUAAACCCUUUACUUGUAUUGGGAUUAAAGCCACCCAUUAAUCAAGCAGGUGUGAAAGUCAAAUACAAAAAAGUCAUUUUUAAAAUGUUCUAGGGUGGAUUUUAAAGAUCAACAUGCAAAAGGUUGUUAUAUGGUAUCAGACUGCCAUCAGUGUAAUUCUGUUACCUUGCUAUUAUAGAAUGUACUGAUAAAGCCUUUUUUACUUUGUUUUUGGGGGGUUUUUAAAGCAUAUUAAUCACAGAAAUGUUUCUGAUGUUUAGUCCUGCAUAGAGGAGUAACUUUUGAUUUUCAUGCCUGCCUGAGAUUUUAUAGCAAAAAAAAAAAAUGAAUGAGGCUUUUGUCAGUAUUUUGAUUUCUCACUUUGGUGACUCUAGCCAUAUCCCUUCUGCUUCUUCAAGUACAGCUGAGAUUUUAUUGACUUAGCUGUGUUUGCUGAGGCUGAUCUGAUUGUUGCUCAUGGAAGUGAACUGCAAAAGGCUGAAAUGCUAAUAUGGGCUUCUGCAAACUGGUAGGCACAAAAAGUUACCUGAACCUUCUUUCUUGCAUAUAAGAAUUUAAGCACACCGCCAGUGAAGUUGCUGCUAACAAAUAUCUGUAGAAACAUAUUACUGAUUUCAAUAUUGGUUGGUGAAAUUACUCAGAUAUUAGCUCAGUGGAAUUACCUAGUAUUUAGCAAGAAGGCAUGGUCUUCAGCUAGUUUCUUUCUUGAGUUUGCCUGCAUGCAACCCUUUGAGAGAAUACUUCUAGGGUUUAAGGUUAUAGUCCUAAACAGAUUUAUGAUGGGAGUUGCUUCUGAUGAACAUGCUAAGGAGCACAGUACCUAACUAAUAUUAUAGCAGAGGCUGUCUGUAGGUUGCUGACAUGAGAAUAACAGAAUCACUCCUCAUAAUGCUUUGUAUUUUCUGUAGGGCUGCUCCCACAUGACAACUUUCUUACUAGAUCACUAUCAUAACAAUUGUUGCAACAAUCAGCUAGUUCUUCUGAAUUCUCAGCUUUACAAAUAAAUGCUAUUAAAUUCUAGCCCUAUUUCAAAGGAAGUACAAUAUUCCUGGAAUAGAUUAUUAUACCAUUAUAACGAUCUAGCAAUUGCCUAUUUUAUUUUAUUUUUUAAAAAGCCACAAAGCAGCCCUUCAGUGGCAUGGUGAGGGACAUGGUGGCAAUAAGGCACAGUAGGGAAGGAAA